UUCCGGAAGCUGGGUGAACAACCACUGUGCUAUCUGUACCCUUGUCCGGGUCCCCGCUGCUGCUGUAAUAGCCCAGGUCAAGAACAUGGACAGGCUGCUGCUUUGGGUCUCUGUCCUCGCCAGUCUCCCAGAAGCCUUUGCUCACCGAGACCUCACGGGGAAGGUGUUUGUGUUCCCUAGAGAGUCUGCCACUGACCAUGUGAAACUGAUCACAAAGCUGGAGAAACCUCUGCAGAACUUUACCUUGUGUUUUCGAGCCUAUAGUGACCUCUCUCGUGGUUACAGCCUCUUCUCCUAUAACCUCCAGGGCAAGGACAAUGAGCUCCUGGUUUUUAAACAUAGAAUUGGAGAGUACAGUCUAUACAUUGGAAAAAACAAAGUUACCUUCAAAGUUAGGGAGGUGUUCCCCAGGCCGGUGCACAUCUGUACCAGCUGGGAGUCUUCCACAGGCAUUGCUGAGUUUUGGAUCAAUGGAGAGCCGCUGGUGAAAAAGGGCCUGAGGCAGGGUUACUUUGUUGGAGCUUAUCCCAGGAUUGUCCUGGGGCAGGAGCAGGACAGCUAUGGAGGAGGGUUUGAUAAGACCCAGUCCUUUGUGGGAGAGAUUGGGGAUCUGUACAUGUGGGGCUCUGUGUUGUCUCCAAAUGAGAUCCAGCUCGUAUAUCAGGGUUUGUCCUUCCCCCAUCCCACCCUCCUGGACUGGCAGGCACUGAACUAUGAAAUGAAUGGAUAUGUUGUCAUCAAGCCCCGGGUGUGGAGCUGAGGUCUGGAAUCAACAAGAGGACUUGAAAAUGAAAACAACCAACAUGCAAGAGCUCUGCUCAAGGCAACCGGAUACUAAAUCCUACAUCUGAAGUUCCUUACUCUUUGAACUUCCUGUCUCUAUGUGUGCCUGAUUUUAAAAUGUAUUAUGCCCCCCUGCACUUGUUCAGUGCUCGUAAUCCCAAACAUUUUCUCUUAUAGCUACUUAUUUGGAAAUUGAUAUUUCAUCAUCCAGAAAAAUCAGGUUGAAAAUUAUGGUGGCAGAGGGAUGAGGUACUUUGAAGUAACUAAAAAGAUUUAUCAUAAAGCUAGAGAACUCAAUGAGGGGGCACAAGCGACACUUACAAGCUGCUAAUAUUCACUGUAUUAACAAUUCAAAAUUGAACUGUGUGUGGAGUUGCAAUAAACAUCCUUCCAUUUAGUUUUCUAGCUACAAAAUCAAAAUGAGGUCUGAGGUUAUGCCUAGGAGAUGAUAACGAGAUAAAGCAAGCAAUAGUUGAGAACCUGAUAAUGAGUAAUGGGCGGGGGGAGGAACCUAUAAGCAGUAGGAGUGAAACACUAAAACUGUAUUAAGAGUCUAGAAUCAUUUUGGGUAAAAGCAAACAUGACUUUUUCUCAAAAAUCCUAGUGGUACCAUUACAAUGCCUGAUAUUCAUAAUACCGUCCUAACAUAAAUAUACUGCCCACAUGAAAUCCUAGUUUGAAAUCCUUCCAUGGAUCCCCACUUCAUACAAGAUGUAACUUAUGCUCUAUCAUGACACUGCCUCCCAUAACCUGGUGGCCCACUUACCUCUUUCAGGUACAACUGUUAGUAUAGCUACUGGCAUCCUAAUUAUAACACUACAAAAUAACUGUCAGAUGUUAUUAUUAGUUAUUUUCAUUAUUAUGAAAACCAUGAAGCAUACUGACUAGCAUAUCCUCAAGAGCUAUGAAAACCCUUCUCAGAGAAGCAAGGACACCAAAGAGAAUUUGGCAGUGUAUGAGAAAUAAGGCAGGCUUUGCCAUGGAUAAUGGAGCAUGAAACCAAGGGAAAUCAGAAAGACAGCUUCAGAAUGAUAACCAAGCGAUUACUUCUUAUUCAUGUGUCCACUCACCAAGGAUGGACAAAGAAGCAGACAUCAGAUACAAUAAAGUAGGUCAGCAUUCAGUGACAUGGCCCCAGGGCUAGUCUUACCAGAAAUGUCUAUAAAAGACUUUUCCCUGAUGAGAUGGCUUGCUGCUUUCUCUGUGUUUUAUAUUGGAAACUCUGAGGAGACAUUUGAAGUUAAAUCAAUGAGGUCUCCUAGAGUUUGAGAUAUACCUUAACUUAGACUUGAGUUAGGGUAAAGAUUAAAAAAAGAUUUUCCCCUGAAGUUCCCAUCGUGGCUCAGCAGUAACAAACUCGAGUAGUACCAAUGAGGACGAGGGUUUGAUCCCUGGCCUCACUCAGUGGGUUAAGAAUCCAGCAUUGCUGUGAGCUGUGGUGUAGGUUGCAGACACGGCUUGGAUCCUGCGUUGCUGUGGUGUAGGCCAGCAGCUGCAGCUCCAAUUCAGCCCCUAGCCUGGGAACUUCCAUACGUCGUGGGUGCAGUUCUAAAAAGACCAAAAAAAAAAAAAAA